AUGGACGCCCCAUUUAAAGGAAGCAGGAAACCUGUGCACAUCCUGAGAACUCGCCGGCCAGAGGCCUGUGAAGGAGCGCAGUGGUCAGGCAGGAGAAGCAGUCAAAUCCAGGCUGAAACCAUCCUGGAGGGUCUUGAGGCUGGCUUACCCCAGGCUGUGAAUAGUGGGCUCAGCCUAGUCCCCGCUCCUGGGUUAGUGCUCACGUUCCCCUCUGCCCACUCAGGGCCUGGAGGAAUGACCUCAGAGCCCCCACCAACCAGGCUCAGGAAGGCAUUCCUAGCUCAGAGUACCCUCCUGGAGUCUACACUGGAAGGGGCUCCUGAGUGGGCUGCCCCACACCGCGAGGAGCAGAGGCGCAGUCCUCCCGCGUGCUCCCAGCACACUCCACCCCUGCCCAGCACACCCAGGGGGCCCCCACCUUGCCCACCUGGGGGGAACCACCCACUCUGCCCCCGCUCAGGGAGUGCUGGUGGCCGCUGCUCUAUCCCCUCCCUCCCUUCCUCUUCCACCUUCUCUCUCUUCUCAUCUGGGUGCUGGAACCCAAGCGUGAAACUGAGAGUCAGAAAUCAGUCUCAAGGCAGAGAGGGGCAGCUAAUUUAAAACGGCUUCUACUCCGGCCGCCAGUGUGACCAAUCUCCUUCUCUUCGCUCUACAGGUCUAUAAAUGGGCCACAGCAGGCACCCCUUUUUAAAUCUGUAAAAUCCCCAAAUCCAUUAAAAGUGACUUCAGAGGUCCCAGAUAGGGACCAACAUUUGUUUAAA